CACACAAUUUAUAACCAUGUGGUUGCAGUGGCACGGAUCUGUUCUGCUACGGUUGCUGGUGGUGGCCGGCUCCUUGACUUUAGCAGCUGGGUCUCCGCCCAGGAACCUAACGCGUGGGGCUGCCAUGGCUGCCAAGAACUAUGAGGAGUACGCGAAGAACACAUUGGAGUUCGCUACGCAGCGAAUGCGCAAUAUUUGGAGUAGACGUCGCGACAUAUUUCUAUCGCUAACUGUGAAGGGUCGGCCAUAUAGCGCGGUGAAUCAGGCCCCACUCAAGCAGGAAAUUGAGCUCGACAACUAUCGCCUGGCAUAUGAGUUGGCAGCCAACCUGAGUGUUGUGCCUGUGCGGCAACUACAGGAUCCUCUCCUGCGACGUCGAGUGCAGCGCCUGUCCAAGCUUCAACUUCACGGACUACGUCGCUCGGACUUCGACCAGUCCAGGGAACUGCUGCACACAAUGCAAACCUUCAUCAGUGGUCGUUCCGUGUGUCAUGCCCAUCAUCAGGACGAUUGCCAGCAGUCGCUGGCCAUGUAUCCUCACAUCAUGAAUCAAGCGGUACGCAGCCAGCGAGUGGAGGAAUUGGAAUACUAUUGGCUGAAGUGGCGCAUGGCCAUCAAUGACAAAAACACGGCCAAGGCUACCUUCAUUGACUAUGUACGCUUGCUCCGAAUCGCUGCUACAUAUAACGGUCAUGUAACACCAUCGCGCACCUGGUAUCUUUACUAUGAUACGGAGAACUUCCAACGCGAACUUGAGGACGUCGUCUGGGAGGUAAUGCCUUUGUAUCGCGAGCUUCACGCGUAUCUACGCAAACAGGCCAUUCUUACAUACCCGCAUCGGAACUAUGAAGAAGACGGUUCGAUAUCGGCGCCAGUUCUGGACCAAAUGAUUGGUCAGGCCUGGUAUCCCCAUCCAAUCUUUCGUGUGCCUUUUCCAAACAGUCAGCUUCCAUCGGUGCACCAACGUCUGGAGCAGGUGCUCGUCACAUCAUUGAAGAUCAAUAAAAAGGCGGCAGAGUUCUUCGAGUCCCUCGGUCUUAAUCACAUGUCCGAUGGCUUCUAUGAAAAAUAUUCGCGUCGAAUGAACGACGAUGAACUCAGCACCGAUUGCAAGUCCGUUGUAUACUAUUUCCCACCUGAGGUGGCACUACGCUAUUGCCCCAAACUGGACUACAAGAAGAUGAUGCAAAUGCACGCCACCAUGUCGGAUCUGCAAUACAAUAUAUACAAAAAGGAAUUGCCAUUUGGCCUGGACACCGAGCCCUGUCCCGGCUUUGGGAGCGCGAUGGGUGAGGCGGCUAUUAUUGCCUCCGGCACGCCCCGACAUCUGCAUCGACUGCACAUUUUACUCAAUGAGAGCUUAAAUCACGAUCAGUCGAUGAAUCGACUGUUCCGCAUGGGCGUUCACACCCUGCUGGCCGUGCCGCAGUACUUUAUCAACGAUAAGUUCCUCGUUGAUGUCAUGGAUGGUCGUAUUAAUGUCCAGGACUAUAACUGCGCCUAUUGGCGCCUACAGAACAAGUAUGCCGGCGUAGCGCCGCCAAAGAUGAGAAACGAAAAAAGUUUUGAUCCAGACUUUAAGUUCUACCGCGGCUUAAGUCCAGAGCGGUCGAGUACCAUGAAGUUUAUAUCGGAAGUUCUUGGUUUCCAAUUCUAUCGCGCUUUUUGCCUAGCCAGCGGACAAUAUCAGCCGGGUAAUCCAGAAUAUCCCCUACACAAUUGUGAUUUCUACGGCAGCACUGAAGCAGGAAAAAUGCUGCGCGAAAUGAUGCAACUGGGUGCCACAAAGCACUGGCGGGAUAUUAUGGAAAUAGCUACUGGCGAACGUAAGCUUAGCGGUCGUGGCAUUUUGGAAUACUUUGGACCCCUAUUCACCUGGCUUAAGGAGGAGAAUAAGCGACUAGACCUUGAGCCUGGCUGGGACUCGAGUACAAUGUGCCGCAACGAUUAAUCCAAAAUAUAAAAUUAUUGGUUCUCAAAUAAUAUACUAUAUACAACAUACUUAUAUGCAAUAUAUUUAACAUGUUUCCUAAUUGUCUUCAAAGAAUGCUAAAGUUAUAUAUUACGGUUUAUCAUCAUGGAAAAUGGAGAUCUAAUGAAAUUAAAAGUGAAUUUAAACUAA